AGUUUAUAAAGCUAAAAUGUAGAAUCUCAAUUAUAGUAGGCAGUUAAAUAUAGACAUCAUAGACCUUAAAUUAGACACCAAAGCACCGGUUAUUGCUUGAAAAUUCCCAGUACCAUAUAUGGCCGAUUCAGAGGCCCCCAAUUUGAUCGAAUACAAGGUCGGCCGCAUGAUCCUGCUGGGCAAGAUGAUCGAGCCCGAUGACCGCAAGGGUCUGCUCUUUGUGCGCCGAUCCGCCGGUGAUAACCAGGUGCACAUCCAUUGGAUGGACCGGAGAACCGGGGCCAUUGAGUUGGACAUUCUGGCCACGCCGGGUGACCUCGAGUUCCGCCGCAUUGAUCAGUGCAAAACGGGUCGAGUGUAUGCCCUCAAAUACACCCGAUCCACACAGCGAUAUUUCUUCUGGAUGCAAGAACCCCAGAUGGACAAAGAUGUAGAGUUUUGUCAACGGCUCAAUGAACUUAUAGCCAGUGGUCCUAGGAAAUGGGAUGAAAGUGCGGCGGCUGAAGGAGAUGUCGAUACGGAUGUGGAGCAAGGAGGCAGACAUCGGCGUGGUUUCGGUGGCAGUGAAAAUCUGCAGGUUCUCGACGAAAUGCGUCAAAUGCUGAAAAACAGUUUGGCCAGAACGACAGAAACUUGGCCCCAGACAGACGAAGAAGAAGCAGUUGCACCCUUGGCAUUUCAAGAUCCCGAUGCAGAGAUAUUAGAUUUGGCAAUAGUUUUACGUUUUUACGGCGCCGAAGCAGUGCAAAAUCUUCUUAUGUCCUCCAGGAGACGGGAAAAACUCUUGGCUCAACUACCCAGAGAUCCUGACGAGGAGGAAUGGGAUAUGCAAGGAAAUGCUUGCCAUUGUGAAAGCCAGAUAAUACUCGACCAUCUGCGUUCCCCACAAUUCUACGAAACCUUGUCCUACUUUUCACUAGGCCUGCACUCGGGAGUUCCCAGAUCGGUACUGCAACCCGUGCUCAACAACCAUGACCAUCGUGAAGCCUUGGAUGCUGCCCAAUCUGGGGAUAUUGAGCGCUUUCUACGUGUCCUGCAUCGGAACGAAAGAGAUUACAAUGGUCCAACCGAUUGAGCCGGAGUGUCUCAUAAAUAAGUCAAAAUACAGGAAAAUAAAUAUGACUAUAUACGAGUAUAUACAUACAUAUAUAUAACAAAAUUGAAGAAAAAGCGUACAAAAUGCAAUAACUGGUUCGCUCCCUAGCCCGUCGCCUCGUCUCGAGUUACGAAGAUAAAUGAGAUGCCAUAAGUUAGACGACAACUUGCACAACUCCAGACAAAGACCAAGCGGAUAAAAGUGUGCUUGUGCUCAACAAAAAAUAGGAAAGAAAAAAAAAAUCGCAAGAAAAAGGCACACUAAAAAUUGAUAUAAAAUAUACCAAAUACAAAAAAAAGGGCAAAAAGAAGCCAAGCAGCUACGAUGAAAACAAAAGAGGGAAAUUUCUCAAAUAAAAAAAAGAAAGGAUAGUUGUAAACUAUGGGGAGUACUUAGGAUCGGGUUAGUGCGGCUGUGGGGAUCCAAUGUUUCAGUUCUUUUCGAGUUUAAGAGUUCUGGGCCCAUGCGACAGCAGUUUUCUUUUGCCUCAUUUGUAUGGCGCCUUGCCUGUCCUGUCCUUUCGUGUCCUGGCAGGACCUCCUCCUCGCUCAGCCCAUUUUUAGGAAAAACUUUUUCCACGUUGUUUUAAUGAAACUAAGUGAGCGGCAAAAUGGUGGACAGCGCGGGGCAGUGUAAAGAAUUGUGCCAUGGUUUCGAGCCAGAUAAAGAAUUCCAAAAUACUGGCCUGGAAACAUUUUAACCCCUUCUUUUUCUUUGUCUUUUUUGGCAAGAAAGGAAAACUUAAGCAACGCAAAAUGUUCAGAAAGUUGUUGCAUUGUGUUAGAGUUUCGGGGAGAGGAAACAAAUAAAGGGAAAGAAAAUACUGACAGAGAAAAGGCAAAUUUGACGAUUAGUUUCUGCCC